CAAGACGUAAGGGUGUGUGUGAGAGAAACGGAGAGAGAGAGAGAGAGAGAGAGAGAGAGAAUGAGAGAGAGAGCAGGGAUGGAUUUUCUGCAGGGAAGAGUUCUUCCUCUGCUAUCGCUUCUGGCGUCAUUUCUAUUCUUAUAUCUCAAAACCUCCUCCAAGUUGUCAACCAGUGACUGUAGCCUUAUUCCUUAUGACCGAUAUUGGAUCUCAAGCAAGCGCAUUGUGACACCAAAUGGCAUAAUUUCUGGUGCAGUUGAGGUGAUGGGAGGGAACAUUGUUUCCGUGGUUAAAACAGAGGAUCUGAAAGGAAUAGUUGGAAGUACACAAGUGGUUGAUUAUGGAGAGGCUAUUGUGAUGCCAGGCUUGGUUGAUGUACAUGCACACCUUGAUGAACCUGGAAGGGCAGAAUGGGAAGGAUUUUCAACUGGGACUAAAGCAGCAGCUGCUGGUGGUAUAACAACACUUAUUGACAUGCCCCUUAAUAGUUAUCCCUCAACGGUAUCCGAGGAAGCACUUAGACUCAAGGUUGAGGCAUCAGAAGACAAACUCUAUGUUGAUGUCGGUUUCUGGGGAGGCCUAGUUCCAGAAAAUGCAUUCAAUACAAGUGCUUUGGAAGGUCUCCUGAAUGCAGGUGUUCUUGGUUUGAAGUCCUUCAUGUGUCCUUCUGGGAUCAAUGACUUUCCCAUGACAAAUAUAAGCCACAUAAAGGAGGGACUGCAUGUUCUGGCGAAGUACAAAAGACCACUACUUGUGCAUGCAGAGGUUCAAGUAGAUACUCAAAGCCAUGCAGAGCUGAAGGAUGGCAUUGGUGACGCUCGAUCUUAUUUAACAUAUCUCAGGACUAGACCUCCUUCAUGGGAGGAGGCAGCUAUCAGAGAACUAUUGACAGUAACAAAAGACACAAGGACUGGUUGGCCUGCAGAAGGAGCUCAUCUUCACAUUGUUCAUCUAUCUGAUGCAAGUUCUUCCUUGGAUCUCAUAAAGGAAGCUAAGAGUAGUGGCGACAGUUUAACUGUUGAAACUUGCCCCCAUUAUUUGGCAUUUUCAGCAGAAGAGAUUCAGGAUGGGGAUACCCGUUUUAAAUGCGCUCCACCUAUCCGUGAUGCAAACAACAAAGAAAAACUAUGGGAGGCUUUGCUGGGAGGACACAUUGACAUGUUGAGUUCUGAUCAUUCACCAUCAGUGCCAGAGCUUAAACUUCUUCAUGAAGGUGACUUCUUAAAGGCAUGGGGUGGCAUAUCAUCUUUGCAGUUUGUUCUUCCAGUAACAUGGUCUUAUGGGAAAAAGUAUGGUAUCUCUUUUGAACAAUUAGCUUCAUUGUGGAGUGAGAGGCCUGCUAAACUUGCAGGGCUAGAAUUUAAGGGAGCGAUUGCAACUGGAAACCAUGCGGACAUUGUAGUAUGGGAACCUGAUGCUGAAUUCGAACUUGAUGAGAACCAUGCUGCAUACCAUAAGCAUCCUAGUAUCUCAGCUUACAUGGGAAGAAGACUAUCUGGAAGUGUCUUGGCAACAUUUGUGAGAGGGAACCUUGUCUACAGUGAAAGGAAGCAUGCCACUACUGCCUGUGGUGUCCCAAUCCUAGCAAAAUAAAUGGAUAGAUUGAUGGGUAACUUCCACAGCCGAUAUCUGAAAGCUCCCAGCUUGUUCUAGAUACAUUGAUCUCCGAUACUCAAGACAGAUGCUGAGCAUCGGAGAGAAUUGGACAACAUAAGUUUUGUCCUCCAUAAUCAAAAUCUUUUUUUCUCCUCUUUUGUAUGUGUGAGGUUAGGCUUCUUACAGGUUUCUGGUCUGUACAUAGUUUCUUGCUUUCAAAUAAAUUGUAAAUGUUAUGACUAAUUUUAUCAAUAACAAGAAGAAAAAAGUCUCUUCACCCAUGGUGAAAGGUGGGGCAUUCUUCUUUCCUCUA